AUGUCAAUGAGUCAAAGCAACGAGCACACUGCCUGCACCAUCUGCAGAGAAAAUCUCGGCGAGCACGACGAUGAGCUUGUUACUGCGUGCUCACACCGCUUUCCCAGAAAUUGCCUACUACCCUGGCUGAAGAAAAAUACGUCCUGCCCGCAGUGUAGAACCGUGUGUAGUAGUAGGGACUUUCAUCAAGCGACCGGUUGUCGAACUCGUUCGCGAACUGCAUUCCAAGAAAGUGUAACUGGUAAUACAAGCAGUAGCCGAAAUUUACAAAAUCCACGCGAGAGCUUGCAAAAAUCCCAACCACAAGCGGAAGUUGCCGCGGGGGUACCAGCUCAAAGGGAUCAACUUACAAUUGGCAAUGAAGCAGCUAGCAAUGAGGAAGAUACGCGCAUUCGAAAUAUAGUUUCGGCAGUUAUAUCUGCCCGAUCAGCAUCAAUGUUUGACGGUUUAGAAAGCCGUGUUAGCCAAAUCAUCGAGCAAAGGCUGGAAAACACUUUGGCCAAUUUAGUAGAGCGGUUAAACUUAAACCCUUCACCGCCAGUAGCUCCUGCGGCUGAUGUCAGCCAAAUUGCAAAUACUCCAGCACAAGUUCCACUGCAAAAUAGAUCUACACCAGUAUGGCCAAGGGAAAAUCCUCCUCUGCCCAAUCACAGCCAUUCUAAUUUCAGUAACCAAAUUAAUCAACUACGACUAAGUGACGUAUCUAGUAUUCCACACUCAAGCCGAGUAGCUAACUAA